UCUCAUUCAUAAACAAACCCAGGAGGGUCGCGAGUAGUCUUUGCUUGGUUCCUCAUUUCAGGUUCGGUGUGUUGCAUGCUUGAUGCUGCUCACCUUCGAGACGACACAGUUGAAUCAUUCUUUCGUGUGAGCGAGAAAGUAUAUUUACCUAACACAUCGUGCCGUAAGAUUGUUGUUCGGGUUUGCCUAUCUUUCAAGGAUAGUCUUGUUGUGACGUUUGGCAGUGGUGACCUAGUGUAGGUGGCCAAGCUACACCAGUUCUUCAUUACCAAGUGUAAACACGGGGAUGAUGUCAGAACACGAAACCCGGGACGCCAGAGGCCGACAGUGUUACUCUCACCUGAGUUAUGCAUCGUAUCGAUUUCCUCGGUCUUAGCGGUGCAAGGGUGGGUGAGUGACAUAAAUAUUAGUAUUGGAGUCGAAGUAUCACACCAUCGUGACAAGCGUCGAUUCAAGUCCGAAUAAUUCAUAAUUGUUCGACUUGGGGCAUUGGCAGUCCCUGUUUAAUUAAGUCGAACGUAAGUGAGAUGUGUUGAGUUUGGAUCGUAUAAUUUAUGAUUCCACUUGUGCUCCUCGAAUAUUUGGGUGAUCUACGGUUUGCAGUGGCGAUGUAAGGCGGACAGGUAAAUGUUGUGGCCAUUCCAGGUACUACAAUGCUCAGGAAAUACAUAACUCUGUGGAAGCGGUCUCCGUUUGAGAAAUGUCGCUUCUGGCCGCUGCUGACCACUUUAGUGCUCCUCAUCAUCCUACUGCAGGUAUGGCACAUGGCGCUCCUGUCCCGCCUGGAGGCCAAGGAUGCUCAGCGCGAGGACUCGAGGUCUUUGGUGGGCCGGCAGCUUCAAGGUCGGAUGUUCAGGACAGUCCUGGAGGAGAUGGAGGAGCGAGUGACCAACUCGUACCGCUUCGACCGCAGUGGAACCUACCACGUCCUCGACAACUUCUUGACCUCCGAGCACGUGGUUCGCGGUCGGAACUUGUAUGACGUCAGCGUCGUGACCCAGUGCUCGUCCAAUCAUCUCCACCACCUCUCGGACCUCGCCCAGCGCUGGAAUGGGCCCAUCUCCGUGUCCGUGUUCACUUUCGACGACGAUUUCGUCCACACUGUGUCGAGCAUGCUCCAUUUCCACUUCUGCAACGAUCACAUCUACCGCCACGUCAGCUUUCACCUAGUCUAUCCCAUUAGUCGCGCGCCGAAACACCUCGAAGGUCUGAGGGACCUCAAAUUGUCGUGCGCUGACCACGACCCUUCUUCCUCCUCGAGUGUAGACCUCAGUCCCGCCCAGCUCGGCGCAGGACCCAGCGUCGCGAAUUACGCCAGCGAGGACUUAGAGUACCCCAACAACCUGUUGAGGAAUCUCGCCAUCAACUACGCCCAGACGCCAUACAUUUUCAUGAUAGACGUCGACAUGGUUCCUUCGGAGAACCUCCGCCAGGAAUUCCAAAAGCUGAUGUCUUCACACAUCCAACACCCUCACUUUCCCGUCGCCACCACCAAAAACAAUAGCAGCAGCAGCAGUGGUGCUGACGCAGCUGUGGCCAACCCACUUUCAGCCUUUGUCGUGCCAGCAUUUGAAAUUCAAGAAAAGGUGCCAAUCCCAAAUACAAAAUCUGAAUUAUUAACGCUGUGGUUGAAGACACAGGUGAGACCCUUUUAUUGGGAAGCGUGUAAUCCUUGUCAGAAAUUGACUGACUAUGACAAGUGGCGACGGCUGGGUAAAGGAGGUCCGCUGGCUGUAGCAUAUUCAGUGGAGAGAAAUGCGUUAUGGGAACCCUUCUACAUUGCCAAGACCUCAGUGCCACUUUAUGAUGAGCGUUUCAAGCAGUACGGAUUUAAUCGUGUCAGUCAGGU